AGUGCACACAUGCGUCACUUGGAUUAUUGCGUUGUUGGCGGUGGCGUUGUUGGACUCGCCGUGGGUGCUGCACUCGCCCCUUUUGGCAGCGUUGCAGUGUUGGAGCGUAACGGUGGUUUAAUUCAAGAGACGUCCUCGCGCAACAGCGGCGUCGUUCACAGUGGGCUGUACUACCCCGCAGACACGCUCAAGACGAUGCUGUGCACGGCAGGAAACCAGAACAUCUGGCGUCUUCAACAAAACUUCCCGGACGCCAUCCAUGCGAAGCGCAACGGCAAGUGGAUUGGGUCGUGCAACAACAGCGAGGACUCCCAGCUCGAGGGACUCAUCGAGAGGAUGAAGGAGCGCCACAUUCCAUAUACGAUGGUCCCGCAAAACCAGGCGCAUCGCGAGGAGCCGUUGGUCCGGAUGCAUACGAUCGUCAACUCGUCGAGUACUGGCAUUAUUGACGUGCACACACUCGCCGACUUCUUCCAUAGCAUCGUGGUGAAAUCGUCGGACGGUUACGUGCUGUGCGACUCCGACGUAAUAAAAGUGGAGCUGCCGGAGAAGAAACGGCGGUGUGACGCGAAGAGCGGAGACUCCUCUAUAAAACUAACCGUAGCCAGCCCUUCUCACGGCGAUCCCAACAAGAGCGACAGCAAUGGCAGCAAUAGCGACGACACGUACACCAUUGACGUGGACAAGGCAGUCAUCUGUGCAGCCGGCCUGCAAGCCAACACGCUCUGGUCGCGGGUGUCAUGUGGCGGCGCUAGCGUUGCCCAACCCCCCUCGCAUCGCCUCUACGCGUGCAAAGGACGCUAUGCCGGUUACCGCGGCAAGGCUCCCGUAUCACGACUGGUCUAUCCCUGUCCCUUGCCGAACUUAGUGGGGCUCGGCGUCCACAGUGUGGUAGACGUCGCUGGCCAGGUUCGCUUCGGCCCGGAUGCGGCGUACGUGGAUUCUUUCGACGACGUAAGCGUGGCACGCAGCGCAAGCGAGGAGGCGGCGUUUCUUGACAGUCAGUAUAAAGCGGUGCGACGGUACAUUCCACGUAUUGAGCGAAAGAAGUUCUUUGCGGACUUUGCUGGCAUCCGCCCAAAGCUGGCGCGGCAAGACGAGGGCUUUCGCGACUUCCUGAUUGAGUACAUUGAUCAAGUCGUGGAGGCUACGGAACCCGCUUCGCAGAACGCGACUCUCACACCUGUCAUGAAGUCUGUAAAAGGCGGAGACAGCCACCACGACGGCGAGGCAGUUGUGGUGUGGUUGAACGGGAUUGAGUCACCUGGGUUGACAGCAAGCUCGGCAAUCGGGGACUACGUCACCUCGUGGCUGGUAGGACCCAAGAGGUUCAACGAACAUCUCUCACCAUGGAGGAAUGAGAAGGUUGCCGCGUGA